ACGUUGGUUGCCAUCCUCUAUAAAGCACCGCAGAAGAGUAGGAGCAGGAAGAAGAUUUAAUUACUGUUAUUGUGGUCGAGUCCCUUAUCAUUUUUGCGUUCUUAUUACCGUAUGGUCUUAAUAGCGUCCGAAGACUGGGUUAGAUGGUGUGAGUUUAUUACCCUCUUUGUUUGUUAAGACAACUAUCUAGUUAGCCAGCUAGCACUCGCCAAGCUACCCUAGACAGAUGCGCCAAGGUGGCAAUGGCGGAGCGCCGUGUGGAGUGCUCAUGGAAGAAGCACAUCGCAGAGCAGCUGAAGCAGAGAGACCGUGUGCAACGACAGGCCUUUGAGGAGAUCAUCCACCAAUAUAAUCGUCUGUUGGAGAAGUCAGAUCUACAAACUGUACUCUCAGAAAGAUAUCAAACUGACAAAUAUGACCUACAGAGCAGACAUGAGGCCAGCCCAGGGGCAGACACCACCCGUAAUGAUGCCUUACAGCAGGAGAUGGCCCAGAUGAGAAUCAAACAUCAGGAGGAACUGACAGAGCUGCACAAGAAACGUGGCGAGCUGGCCCAGAGUGUGAUUGAACUUAAUAACCAGAUUCAGCAAAAAGACAAGGAGAUCCAAAGCAAUGAGGCCAAGAUGCUGGAGUAUCAGCAGCAGAUAGCUAAACUGGAGGGGGAUUGCAAAGAGCUACACAACUACCUGCAGGACCUGGAGAGGGCCAACCAGACUCUGAAGGAUGAGUAUGAUGCCCUGCAGAUCACCUUCAGUGCCCUGGAGGAGAAACUGCGGCGCACCACCGAAGACAACCAGGAACUGGUGUCCCGCUGGAUGGCUGAAAAGUCCCAGGAGGCCAACCGGCUCAAUGCUGAAAAUGAGAAGGACUGUAGACGUAGGCAAGCUAAGCUCCAGAAGGAACUGGCGGAUGCUGCUAAGGAGCCACUGCCCUUUGACCCGGAUGAUGAUAUUGAGGUUGUACCAGAGGAUUCUGGGAAAGUGCCUGGAGAGGCUUCGCCUAACCGUCCGCUUAGUCGUACUCCCAGUAAACGCAUAUCACAGCCUCCUCCAGGUGGUCUAUUGGACUCCAUCUCCAACAUAUUUGGCGUGUCUGAGUCUGUGCAGCCUGGACUCCUCCCAUCAGACUCCAGGCGUCGUCCUGGCAACUCCUUCAGCUCCUCACCUGAGAAUGCCGAAGCUCCGUCUGGGGUGUGUGCGGAAGUCCAUGUGCCCUCGACCGCACUGCAUGUGUUUGAGGCCCAUGACGGGGAGGUGAACGCAGUUCGUUUCAGUCCUGGUUCUCGAAUCUUGGCCACGGGGGGGAUGGACCGUCGGGUCAAACUAUGGGAAGUGGUCUCAGGUCGCUGUGAACCCAAGGGUGCGCUGACAGGCAGCAAUGCUGGUAUAACCAGCAUCGAGUUUGACAGUACUGGCUCAUACUUGCUGGCAGCCUCCAAUGACUUUGCUAGCAGGAUCUGGACUGUGGACGACUACAGACUGAGGCACACGCUCACGGGUCACAGUGGGAAGGUGCUCUCUGCCCGCUUCCUCCUUGACAACGCACGCAUCGUAUCUGGAAGCUAUGAUAGGACGCUUAAGCUGUGGGACCUGCGCAGCAAAGUCUGUAUGAAGACGGUGUUUGCUGGCUCCAGCUGUAAUGACAUCGUCUGCACCGAGCAGUGUGUCAUGAGUGGUCACUUUGACAAGAAAGUACGCUUCUGGGACAUCAGAGCUGAGAGCAUCGUGCGUGAGCUGGAGCUCCUGGGCAAGGUCACGUCUCUGGAUCUGAACCACGACCGCACCGAGCUGCUCGCCUGCUCUAGGGAUGAUCUCAUCAAGAUCAUCGACCUGCGUACCAACGCCGUCCGCCAGACCUUCAGCGCUCCGAACUUCAAGUGUGGAGCUGACUGGACCAGAGUGACCUUCAGUCCUGAUGGCAGUUAUGUAGCAGCGGGCUCUGCAGAUGCCACCCUGUAUGUGUGGAACACACUGACAGGGAAGCUUGACUGCACGUUAGACAAGAACCACAGCACUGCCAUCAACGCUGUUUCCUGGUCACCGUCUGGAGCUUUCGUGGUCAGUGUGGAGAAGGGAAGCAAAGCGGUUCUCUGGUCUGACAUGUGAUUGGCUAAGCUCUGCUCCGGACAUUGGGUGGCUUAUUGACCUGACUGUAGAAUGGAGAUCUAGACAUUGGACAGGAGGGAGUCUCGUAGACCUACCCACAUUGCGCUGCACACUGACACUGGACUUUAAUGUGUGCAGAUUUCUAAGACAUGGGCCUGAUUGCAGCAAUGAAUAGGUGUCCCCCCCCCCCCCCCCCCCCCCCCAAAAAAAAAGACAAAGCCCACGAAUAUGGAGAGAGUAUUCUCCCAGUGAACAUGAUCAUAUAUCAACUCAAUUUACAUGAUAUCCAGCACUGUCAAUUAUAUCACCUAUAAACCGGAUAUAUGAAAGAUUAUAAAACCGUUAUUUUAAACUGAGCUGGGUUGUCUGUUUUUACAGCAUUGAUGUGUAUAUGGUUAACCAUUACCUUUGGAAGGAGAGGAUUUUGAUGUAGACGUCUGUGUGCAUUUGGGUUUCAUUUGAGUUCAAUUUCCUGUUUUGAACUUAACAAAAUACAUAUAUUUGCAUUGUCCACUGCUAGGGGUGUGUUCUGUAAUGCUAAGCUACCUAAGGAUGUGUAAUUGUCACCAGCCUGUUAGAAACGUUGACGUGAAAGCAUGCUUGCUAGCAGUCUAAAUGGGUAAGCGAUAUUUCAACACAUGCAUGAAUAAGACUGUGCCAAUCACAAAACGGUGCCCUCUAAUAACACUAAAACAAAGAAUGACUUGGCGAUACGUAGCUCACUGACGGCUUUGAAGUUGGCACUGAGGAUCAAAAACUUUCAAUUAUAUUUAUGCUGCCGUAUUGUUUCCAACAAUGUUUUUUCCUGUCAUAGUAAAAGGAAUGGUGAGUCCUUGUGAGGUUUGUAAUAUUUUCUGGUAUUACUUAACCAGUAGGAGUGUGUAUGACAACUGUCUUUAAUUCUAAAUUUCUCAAACAGUCAACCAAUUGUUAUCCAGUUAGUGUUUACACAUUGGGAUGUUUGAUCUUUCCAGGAAACUGCCUCAAAGAAAUGCAUUGUGCUCUUAAACUUGAUUCUGUUUGACACUCCAUGGCGCUUUUUUAUUCUGGCAUUCACAAUCCAUAGGAUUUUUGAUUCACAAAAUGUACAGUUUGUGUACCUCACUACAUAUCAGCUACCAGUGUUCUUCUGUACAGGAAGUCCUGGCCAUAGAGGGCAGUGUGACAUGACCUGAUUCAGCUUGGCUGGAUAUGGUUCAAAGACGUUUGUACUUGUUACCUUCCUAAGGAAAUAAACAUACAAACAUAAAACUAGAGAAGAGAUGGAUUCUGGUCUUCUGCAUCCGCCCCCCCCCCCCCCGUAUCACCACGAGAACAGUACCAAAAUCUGGUCUUCGGUGCCUUGCAGCACUCAACUAGCAUUAAUCACGGUUUUGUGUCUAGUUUUGCGGAAGUGACCCGGGCAUUGAUUCUAAGGAAAGAGACAUUUUUUACCGCCUUGAUAAUGGCUGAUUCUCUGAUCUCCUUUCGACUGAACAAGGGACGGUGUGCUGCUGAUCAGCUGUCCUUUCCCCUUCUGUGAUCAGCAAAACGAUUGUAAAGCUUAAGUUAUGUACAUGUAAAUGAAAGUUCCUCUGUAUGUUUUAAUGUAUGCACACUGAAAACGUGUGGAAAAAUGACUGUGUCUUUUUCUGUGGGGAAAGAGGUUGUUGUCAACCCUAAGAAGAAUGAAAUGUAAGAAACUGAAAGCAAAACAUUUAAUGUACAGUAUGUCCGAGGUCUUUUACAGAUAUGGGGUCAGAUAUAUAGCUCCUGUUGAAUGUUCAUAAACUCUUUGAAGAGA